CUUCUACUGUCUCAGCUUCCCAGUCUCUAUGAACAGACACACAUGGUACCAUUAAAACCGUCAGCUUAUGGGUUCAGCUCCCUAAUGGACCUGUUGGAAGCAAUGAAUGAUGUUUUAAUCUUGCAUUUUGAUGGACGCAAUUGCAUUAUAAAGACAACGGGCAAGAAGGAAUCCAAAAUAUUCAGACGUUCAUCAGACUGUGAAUUGGAGAAAUUGCCACAGCUCACAACAUCUCAAUUCCAAAAGCCGGCUCAAGUGUAUGAUAUUGAUAAACUACGGGGUGAGCUCCUAACACUUCUUAGUUGUUAUCCUGGAGGCAUCCGUUUAAACCAAAUAACCGGGAUUUACAGGAAGAAAUUUAAUCAACGUUUGAAAGCAAAACGCUAUGGAUUUGACAGUUUAGAGGAAAUGGCAAUAUCAAUGGAUGAUAUUCUGGACCGAACCCACACUGAAAGAGGGAUUGUUGUCAAAGCUAAUUCUUCACUGGUACACGUACUAAAGAGCAAAACCAUCAAAAAUCUGAACGCCACUAUCUCCUUGUCUGCGAUACAGCCUUUAGUGCAAAAAGAAGCUCAGAUUCAAAGUCAACCAACUUAUUCACUGGAUCUACAAUAUCAGUCAAAAGUCCAGAAAAUGAAGAAACUUCACGGUGAAAUUCUGGAUCUCUUCAAAACCUAUCCUGAUGGCUUUCCUGAAUCAAAACUACCAGAGCUAUAUAACAAGACAUACAAGCAAAACUUAAAGACAAAAAAACAUGGAUUUCGCUCCCUGCAAGAGCUGAUCAAUUCUAUGAGUCAUUUGCUGGUUGUUGUCAACACACCUAAAGGAGUGAAACUGUUGAAACUAAAGCCUCCCGGAGAUCCUGGUGUUGUAGAAACGGAUGGCAACGAAUCACGAGGAGCAACUGCUUCUGGAGGACCUGCACUGGCUGCACACACGGAAACUCUUAACAAAAUCUCUUUUGGUUCUUCCACAUUUCCAUUAGUUCCACAGCAACAAGCAACAGUAAACCUGAAGACACCUGCACCAAUGCCUCAAAUGAAGCCAGGACAUGCCAACAGCAUUUUUAGCGGCUGGCCACAUUGGGGCUUUACUUCUAGUUUGACACAGGUACAGUUACAACAUGGCAGUUCAGAACAUCAAUUGCCCUUGGGGGCUUGCUCAUCAACGAGUACAAAAGAUUGUGUACUAAGUGGAGAAAGUGCAAAGCUAAGAGACCGGGCCGAAGGAGCACUACCCAAGAAGAAUCCUAUGUCCACAAUCUCCUUUGACAGUGACAUUGAAAAGAUCUUGGACACACAGAAAUUGACUAUGCCUCCAAUUAGCCAAAGCAACAUUGGUUCAGCCAAGAACCAGCUGACAGAACAUGAAGCUUCACCCGGAGUCUCCACAGCAUUCUCCGAAGACUUUCCUGAGCUGGACCCAAAACUGACAAAAUUGAUGUUGAGAAAGCUUCAAGAGGAAACACUACAUAAGAAGAGAUCGGCGUCUCGAUUCUCUGAUAGGUACUAUGCACAGAUAAGGGAGGAGCAUAGUUCGGUCAUGCAAGCAGUUGAAACACUGAGUGCAGACACACUUGUGGGUGGAGGCAGUCGUCAAGUGGAUGUGGAAACAGUGAACCAGCUAACUCAGGAAUACAUUCGGGCUCUUGCUGUUGAAGGAGAACAUGUCACUGAAGAAAAGGUAUUGAGUAGAGUUUGCAGAUAUUUAAGGGUACAAUCACUUAAAAGGAUUGGGAUCUGGUCCCCAUCAAGGCAAAUCCCUGCAAUUCAAGACCUUCGCCGUACACAACGAGAAGUCACUGUUUAUAUUGAGGCUUUUGAGAGUAUUCGAAGCGUCUGCACCCUUUAUGAACUGAACAAGUGCUUAGCAGCACUGAAGAACAAGAACAACUUUGAAGAGCUGAACCUCGGCCCUUUAUGCAAGCAGCCCCUCGUGCACAGGAUGUUUAAAGCACCUCUAUCACUGAAGGAUGAGGACAUAUUUGAAGUUGAGACGGUGGACGUUUUGCAGAGUUUGCGUGCAUAUAGAAAAAUCACAACAGGGUCAAAAAUAGAUCUUGCCGAAUUUAUAAAAUAUUUAGCAGAUAAAUAUCACUGUGAUUCGCCCUAUGAACUUGGAAUCAGAAUUUCUAGCAUUGGGCUUUUGAUAUCGACGCUGUCGAAGACUCAAAUCAGUGAAAAUGCUGCCAUGGAGAAUGCAAGGAAUCGUAUCCAGAGGGAAAUCGAGGAGGAAGUGGGCAGUCGGAUGCAAAAAAUUAAGAAGAGCCUUUUAGACCCAGCCAGCGGGCCACAGCUCUAUUCUACCAGCGGGAGUCUAGAUCUGCGUAAGCACUAUGCAUCUAGCUCAGCUGUAGAUGUUGUCCUGGAAAUCUUUUCAAGAACAGAAGGAAUUUUCACCAAAAAAAUGACCAAGCACAUUCAGGACUUUCUGCUAAAGGUGCUUGCUGAUCGUUUGGCCCGCACUCUAUUCCAGUUAGCUCUUUGCUGUGGAGCUCUGGAAGUUCCUCAGGACUUGGUGGCCAAAGAGCAACCAUGUAAGGCUACUGUAAAUGCGAAUGUGGCCAAUAAAACACCGCCUCCCAGUGAGGGAGCGAUGAAAGAGUAUAUGCAGAAGAAUCUUUCCAGUGUGACUGGUUUUUUGAAUCUCACCUAUUUAUCCAGACUGGAGAGAAAGUUGCUCGAUCACUUCAAGCUGGAGGGUUUUUCUAGAACAGGUCAUGGUACAUUUCUCGAGUACCUUGUCAAACACCCUCAGAUGCUGGAAGAAGCUGGUGGAGGCAAAUUAUUUAUAAAUAACCAAGAUGCUACAUCUUGUGGUUUCCGCCCUAGUCACCAGGACGUGUAUGAGUUCAUCAGGCAAUGCGAAAGUCUUGAGGAAUCUGUGUUUCCAGUAAUUGAAGCAGCACUAAGAAGUCACUUCAGAGUGAAAGACAGCAAAGAGCUUGGUUAUGGAACACUGUCCAACAUGGUGAAGAUGGUGCAACGCCAGAUCAAAUCACUCAGCAAUCAUGGAAACCUGCGAAGCUUGGUGCUGUACGAGGCUGCAUUGCUUUUUAAAGAAUUUAUACCUAUUCACAGCAAUAACAGUUAUUCUGUGGGCCUUCUUGGUGAGCUGAGUAAGGAAAGGGCCCUGUCCUGUUUGUUAAAUGCCCCUUUGCUGGAGGAUCUUGCAGAAUGGUCACAGUGGGAUUUGGUAUUUGAGCCACAGCACGGUUCACUCAAGGACUUCAUUGAAAGGAAUUGUGACAAGAAAGCAGCUCAGCUUUGUGUGGAAGGUUCAGAUGUGCUCAACGAUCUUGUUGCCAUGGAAGUAAAACCAGGUGUAUUGCUAAGACUCACCACCAAUACCAGCCCAGACCUUUUUGCCAAGGCUGCCAAGUUGUAUGACCCUGUGGGGACUGCCGGGCAUUUGGUUUCCAUAGUAACUACCGAUGGAUUGACCAAUGCUCCCCUGGCAUUGCUGGCAAAUCAUAUGGAAACUGCGUUGGCAGCAUUGGGAGGUUUGCAAGCAUGCCUCAUGAUGAAUGGAGGAACGUCUUCAGAUCGAUCUGCUCAGUUUAUCCUUGACUGUCUGAUCAGAAUACCAAUAAGGCUCUGCAAGUCACUUCUACACAAGGUAUUUUUGGAGCCAUUUUCUAGAGUGAUUGGACAAUCUGAGUCUAAGGACCUCAUGCUUCAAACAGCAAAAUGUUCGGUCCGGUAUCAAAACAAGCUUCAUCAACUAGGAAUUCUGCUUGGAGUUACAGAGUGGAUGAGGGACUUUCAUGGCAAACUAGACCCGGCAAAGCUGUCUAUCAUUACAUCAAAGACCACACAGUUUGUAGAUUCCUCCUCUGUGAGCAGCAGAUCAUCAGCUGUAGGUCUUAGUGAAGGGGAAGAUUCUGAAUCAGAUUCUGACUCAGAGCCCGAAACAACCUCGAGCAGUUCAGGUGAUGAAGGAAAGGAAAAGUUUGUGCUGGCGAUGGAAGAGGCUGACCUGUCCCCAUGUGAUGAGAAGCUGGAGAAUGAAGGUGAUGUUGAGGUCCAAACUAGUACUGCACCUGAUCCUGCCGAUGGCAUAAAUACAGACGGUUGUGUAAUUGAUGAAGACCAGGAGAAAGAAACAGAGUGCAGGAAUAUAAUUAAGGAUAUCAGGAAAAGCGAUUUUGGCAUUGGAGUUGAACUGAAUGAAGAGGGGAAGAAGCUGGUGGAAGUUCAUCAGAACAGAUUAGGCAGAAGCCUGGAGCGAUUGUCCACAGAGUUGUACAGUAAAGAUACACACUUUGUCUUGGAGCUCAUACAGAAUGCUGAUGACAACCGUUAUCCUGCCUGCAACACCACCCCCAGCCUGUUGUUUGUGGUUGAAAGUAACUGCAUCACACUCCUCAACAAUGAGUGUGGCUUUGAGGAGAACAAUAUCAGAGCCAUCUGCGAUGUGGGUCACAGCACCAAAGGGAAGCAUAAGUACGGCUACAUCGGCCAGAAGGGCAUUGGAUUCAAGUCUGUUUUCAAAGUUACCAACAACCCAGAGAUUCAUUCUAAUGGUUUUCACAUCCGCUUUGACAAGAACAGUGGGCCCAUGGGUUACAUCCUCCCUCACUGGGUUGAGGAUGAGAGGCCCGUAGACCUAACCGACUUGGACCUGGCAGCCAUAAGAUGGACAACAAAGAUCAUUCUGCCACUAAAGUCACAGAACCAGCAAACCCAGAAUCUGUUUCAUGAUGUGGACCCUUCUUUGCUACUCUUCCUGCACAGGCUUCGCUCAAUUACCAUCAUCAACAAGGUAAGGAACCAGGAUUUCUCUGUGAUCCGGCGAGAUCUCAAUGAUAAUAUACUGGAGAUAAAGCAUAAGGUUGGAGCUGAUCAUUGGCUGGUAAUAAAGACCAUUCUUGAUGCAAGAAAGAUUAAAGAGAAUGUGGAAUGCACUGAAUUGGCUCUUGCCUUCAAACUUGACCUUGAGAAGAAGAAUGCACAAAACCACAAUUUUCAGCCCGAGAAACAACCUGUGUUUGCUUUCUUACCACUGAGAAACUUUGGCUUCCGCUUCAUAAUACAGGGUGAUUUUGAUAUUCCUUCCUCCCGUGAAGACAUUGACCGCGACAGUCCAUGGAACCAGUGGCUCCGUUCUGAAAUCCCACUGCUGUUCCUGCAGGCAAUGGAAGUGUUCAAUAAUCAUCCUAACUUCAAAGGGUUAGAAGGACUUUGCCACUUCUUGAAGUUUAUCCCUUUGCCGGAUGAGAUCUUGGAUUUCUUCCGACCUAUUGCUGGUCAGAUUAUCCAUCUACUUAAAGCCAAGGCCUGUUUACCCACUAAAACAGAUAAAGAUGGCAAGACUGAAUACAGAUUACCUUCACAGACAGCAAUAACACACGAUGUAUUGGUACAAGAAGUAAUCGACUCAGAACUGCUUCAGAAACAUCUGAACCUGGCUUACCUGAACCCCAGGAUUCAGUCUGAGCUCUCUCCAGCUCUGGCUUCCGUACUGGGAGUCCACAAACUCACCAGUGCCGAUAUUAUUGCAGUUACAAAAGCUAUUGCAAAGGAAAUAGAAGAGACUGAUGACGUGCACAGUGAUGAUUGCAUGAAAAGGAUUGCAAAGCUGAUGGUCUGCAACUACCGCAGCCUGGAGCAAGAGUACAGCAACUUUGACCAUCUUGUGGAACUGACGUCCAUUCCAAUCAUUCCGCUCGCUGACGGUACGAAGGUGUCACUGAAAGGUCAAGCCAUAUUCUUCCCGCUUUUUGAUGAAGAGAAUUCAGACUUAGUGAAAUCCACUAAAGGAAUUCAGGAGCUUUAUAGGGAUCUGAAGACGAUCCAUCCCAAAUUACUCACCUGCCUUGACAACCUGGGCAACUCCCAGGUUCGCAAACUUCUUGAGAAGAUGGAUGUACAUUACCUUAAACCAGAGAAAGUCGUGUUCGAACACAUUCUCCCCAUCUUAAAGGAGCACAAGUGGCAGAAGAAGACUAACAGCACAGUGAUCAGCUAUGUUGUCUUCCUCAAGAUGCACUGCCAGGACGGAGAGCUGGAGCAGUUCAGGGCCUUUAUCCCUGUUCUCACCAAUAAAGGUUUUGUCUGCCCAUCGCAAGUUAAUGUCAACUUUCCAUGUAACUACAAGAAUGUCAUCAAUCUCUUGGUGGAUUUUCCAGGUGUUGACUGGCAUCUCUUGGAUUCUUGUUACCUGAAAAUUGACAAUGAUUCUGAAGGAUGGAGAAGAUUUUUCACUGUCCUCGGAGUUCGAGAUUUGUUCAUUUUCCGGAAGAAGAAUUAUAAUUUCACUAAACAGGAGCUGGCAUCCAGCCCCUGGGCAUCUGUCAGUGAAUUUUGGCCCAAAACAGCAGAUGAUAUGUAUGUUGUGGAAGAUCACCUGUGUGAAGAGCUUCACACCCUCCUGACUAUGGAAGGCCUUUCUGAUGAAGUGAAACUAAUGCAGAGAGUUAAACUCCUAACACUACUCGACAAAAACUGGGAUUCUGGUUGCAGGAUCUCUCAGUAUUGCACAGCUGAUCUCUUUGACAGUCGAGGCCAACGGCUAAAGGAUGAUGUAAAUUCCUCGCUUUCAAUUUACCUGACCACCUUGCCAUGGUUGCCAGCCCAUGGUUGUGGAUCCAGCACAACCUACCUACGCCCUAAUGAAGUGUACCUGAAAGAGAAACAUCUCUUCGAGCUGCUGUCUCACCACGUGAGCUACGUGCACUGUGAGCUACUCGAGAAGAGCUCAUUUGCUGCUUUCACUGGUAUUAAAACCUCCCUGACUGUAGAGGUGAUGAUCAACCACUUCAAGUCCUGGUGUGUCCAAAGCACUCCCAGUCCGUGUGACAAUCCACAAGGUGCGGAGUUUCAGACCAGUGCUGAUCACAUCCACAGUGUCUAUACUUACCUGGGGAGUAACUGCAGUCGACAUCAACUCAAAGAAUUGUUUGAACGCUUCCCAGCUGUGUUUGUACCAACUAGCAGAGAUUCUGUUGAAGAGCUUUGGGUUGGAAAAUUCUACCACCAGAAAGACGUGUGCUGGACUGAUCCAACCAAGAUGUUCCUUCGUUACAAGAGUCUCAUUAAUGCACCAAAUGGAUCAAUAGAGGAGCCUCACAUACUGGAUUGUUACUAUAGUCACUGGGAGGAUAUGAGGGAUCUGUUCCAGCAGAGUUUGAACAUAGAGAGAAUCCCGACCAUGAAGCAGUAUGUGGAGUUGCUGGUGCUGAUGUGUAGUGAGGCCUCAUUGCCCAACAACGAGGCUCUGCAGGAUGUGUCUGUGAUCUACGCUGUCCUGGCUGAGAAAUGCAGAUAUACUGACUCUGAUGGAUCUCUGCAGCUAAAUAAUGAUUACUGCCAGACACUAAAAGGAAUGCUGAAGGAUGAGAAAGUGUUUGCAGCCAAGGAUAAUCUCUGGGUUUCCCUGACCAGACACCCUAUAAUACCAGACGACAAACACCUGGAACGGGUUUUUAAAACCUACACAGAGGUCUGUUUGCUCAACCUACCCGUUGCAGAGAGGAACACAUUGAAAACUAGAACUAACAAACGAGACAAGCCCCGCUUUGAUGAGGAAGAUCGAAAGAUAUUCUUGAAAAUCUGUGGUGUGAAACGCCUCAGUGAGUGUGUGAUGGUGGAAGCUCAGACUGAGGACUUCAGGCAGUGCCCCGCCAUCCAGAACUUUGUGCACUCUGUGGUCCCUUACAUCCAGCGGUUCCUGUAUGGCUGUGAGGACUAUCACCAUGUUUACAAAGAAUUGAUACAUAACAAUAUUGUCAGGACCCUUAAGUCCAUUGCCUUCAUACAGGUUGGGAAGCUGUACCUUCAGUAUCAACUCACAUUGCCCAACACAGAGACUCUAUAUGAAAAGGAAGAUAUUGUCUGUCACUUGAAGGGCAACAAGGAGCUGCUGUACAUUCAGAAGGAUCACAUUGCUUCUCGCACCGAUAUCUGCAGGGAACUUGUGAAGCUUUUCAACUGUGCCGAGAGUAAAGAGGUUGGAAAGGAACUGGAACGCUUUCUCCAGGGACUCAUCUCCUGUCUGCAAGACGCUCCUGCACUGAAAAGGUUAUUACAGAAGGAAGAUGUUGGUGAAUUACCAGAAGACGAGGAGAGAUGGGAAGUGCCCCAAGUCUGUGAACCCAGACCACAGCCAGUGAGGCUUCCAGCACUGAUUCAAACAAAAGAGCAAGAUCAGAAAGAGACCCCGGAGUGCAAGGACAGCAGUAACGAUGGAGAGAUACUGCUGACGAGCUGGCCUCCCAAAUCUUCUCUCCAUGGUGUUCCCGAUGGCAGAACAAAUAAAGCUGUCGACAAUGUGAUGAGGAUGUGGCCCCCACCUGCAGGUCCUCCUGGUUCCAGUGAGCACCCGCACCCACCACAAGCAGAGCACUCUGUUGGUGGAACUGAGCCGUCGGUGGCUUCAGAAGAGAAAAGGGAUUUCUAUCAAUCGCAGCCCGUGUCCCCCAAACCAAACACAAACUACAGUGUGGAGCAGCCGCUCGCUGAGGGGAGACAGACACAGUUUGUGACUUCGGAACAGACAAGGGAUUCCCCGCAAUCGCAGGUCAGAUCCCCACUGCCACCUGGGAACGAAACUCCAGAGCAUCCUCCUGCUCCAGGCACUCAGCCAAAUAACACCAGCACACAGCAGUCAGCAACACUGUUGGCAAAAAGCAACUUCAAUGGAUACAACAGUUCUCGGCCAGCCCUGCCUCUGGAUGUUCCCAUAUGGACCAGAGAGCAGCCUUACGAGGAGGUGCUGGAGCAGUUAGUGAUACACAGCGCUGUUGAAAAGCCACAGGCAGUGGUGUUCAGUGAGGGAAAUGCAGAGAAUGCGGCGAUUGGAGAGUGGGGAGAGCGCCUGGUUCACGCCUUCCUGUUGCAGUGGAAAGAGAGCAACUGCGAGCACAAGCCACAGGAAGUCCUGUGGGUCAACGAGAAAGGGGAGAGCGGGCUGCCCUAUGAUUUCCAGGUGGUGUUCACUGGGCGGGACGAUGUCGUGUCAGAGGCUACUUUUCUGGAGGUGAAAUCCACAGUUAAAGCUGAGAAGAAUUUUGUGCAGCUUUCUGCUAGAGAAGUGGAGCUGGCUCUGAGAGCAAAGGAGCACUACCACAUGUACAGGGUAUAUAACGCUGGAGAUUCCCAGAAUGUCCGACUCUGUCGCAUUGAAAACCUCGCCAAGUGUCUGAAUGCCAAACAGCUGGCACUGUUCCUCUUUGUAUAACUGAUGUCUGCAGUGAUUUUACCUGAAGUUCCACUUUUUAAUAUUUGUUUUAUAUCAUUAGAAUCUUCCAGUCUGUUGCUGUGGCUAAUUAGUGUUCAAAUUGCAUGAGAAUUGCAAAUUGCAAAUUGGUCUCCAAUUUUAUUAGAAGUCUGUUAAUUUAACCUUUGUUUUAACCUUUGCACAUUCCACUUAUCUGUGGUCAGUUCUGUAGAGUGAGGGCCCACUCACGGCCUGGGGAAGUCACUUGUAUUUUUGAAGAGAUUUUUUGAUGAAGAUUAUGGCUGUCAAUUAUGUCUCACAUUGUCAGUGUAAACUAUCAAGCAACACAAAGCUUUGCUGAUCUGAAUAAAUCAAACUUUUACUAUG